AUGGACGCGGCGGGGAGGGCGCGGGCCUGGUCACUGCCUCCCCGGGCCGCGCAGGGUGGGCAGCGGGACGCGCCAGGUCUGGGCGCCGUGGGAAGUGGACAGAGAAUGCACCGGAAGGGCCGGAAGCUGGGCUCCAGCCGCCGGCGGCAGAUGAGAGAGCCAGCCGAUGGCCAGGAUGUCCAGAGGGACCCAGGGCCCGAGUCCUGGUCCUCGGAAGCUGAAGCAGAGCUGCAGACCUUCUUCCAAAACUGCGGCGCCAAGGACAGAGGCUUUGUCACCCGAGAGGACCUGGCAGAAGCCAAGUUCCGCUUCCUGGGCAGCGAGGAGGAGCCACAGAUGAUCUUCGACUGGGUGGACGUGGAGCGGAGGGGCCGCCUGUCCCUGGAGGAGUUCAGCACCGGGCUCAAAAACAUCUUUGGCUCCAGCCUGAGCACCCACGGGCUCCGCAGGAGGCGGCCACUGCCCUCCCAGCGCGUUUCUGUGUCGGUGACCGGCGGCUUCCCGGCCCUGGAGGAAGCCAGCGCCGAGGAGAGGGCGGCGUUCCUUGCCCUGGUGGGGCAGCUGGGGACCGGACACCUGCUUCCCGAGCAGACGGAGAUCUGGCGACUGUGGGGGAAACUGAGGCAGGAGGAGCCGCAGCUGGCCGGCAACCUGGAGGGCUUCCUGGCCAAGAUGAGCAGCCGCCUGCAGGAGGUCCGGGCUGACAGGGAGGCCCUGGAGCAGAGGCUGAGGAAGCGCGACUCGGACCACCACCGCCAGGUGCAGCAGCUGUACGAGGAGCUGGACCACCAGAUCCACGGGGAGAAGCAGCAGCUGCAGGCCCAGAGCGACUCCCGGGACAGGGUCCUCAGCGCCCAGAUGCAGGACGCCCUGGAGGCCAAGGAGCGCGAGGUGCAGCGGCUGGCGCAGGGCCAGCGCGAGCUGGAGGCCCAGCUCCACAGCCUCAGUGACACCCACCAACAGGCCGCCUCAGAGAACCUGCAGCUCAGGGAGGCCGGCCGAGACCUGGCCAAGCAGCUGGACGAGGUGCAGGGACAGCUGCAGGUGACCCGGGGACACCUGGAUGCGGCCCGGGGCCAAGUGUCUUGGCAGGUAGAAGAGGAGGCGAGCGUCCCCAGAGCCAGUGAGAAGCUCCCAGCCGCUCAGGCUGUGGCCCCCGAGGAGGCGCCCCUGCCCGGGCUGUUUGAGGACAAUGGCGACUGGGGCCAGCUCCUGAGUGGCUUCGGCAGCCCUCCGAACCAGGCCCUGCAGCUCUCCUGGAGUCUGCCGCCCACGCCCCAGGCCACCCCAGGGCCCCGGAUGCCCCGAGUGGUCAGGCAGAUCUCCAUCUCCAAGCCAAACACUUGGCCAUCUGGCCAGGAGCCGCCUUUGGACCCAGAUCCAGAUGGGGCCCCGGGGAGCCCGCCAGGGGUGCCCCCCAACACCCAGCAUGGGAAAGGAGAGGACACGGGAGGCCAGGACACCGGUCCAGAGCAGCCUGUCAGGCCCCUUGGCCGGGAACCCCGCCCUGAGCCAGCAGCUGCACCCCGGGCUGCCUUCCCCUGGGGCCUUUCAGGGGGUCAGGGGAGCCUGGUGGCUGCUGCGCUCAGGGUGCUCGUUCCUGUGGAGGACAGUGGCUCCCGUCCCUCUCCCCAGGCUCCUGCUGGGGCCAGCGAGCAGCUCCAGGCCUCAGACGAUACAGACCCUGGGCCCAGCCCUGUCCCGGCCGAGCCGCUCAGGCAGAGAGAGGCCCCGAAGGCUGAGGGCACUGAGCCAGGCCUGGGCUCCCUGGGGACUGUGGCCUCCCCACAGGGCCUGGAACCCAUAGGUCAGGCUCUCCCAGAGGGCCCGGAGCUGGGCCAGCUGAGCCUGGUCGGGCAGGAUGGCCAGUCCGAGGGGCUCAGGGAAGCCCAUGGCCAGGCCCUUGGGCCAGAUGGGCUGCCAGUCCUCCCCUUCCACAGUCCCGAAGAGGAGCCCCAGGCUGGAGAAGGAAAAGCAGUAGGCCGAGGCAGGCAGGGCCCCAGUUCCAAGCAGGCAGCUGAGGCUAUCCAAUCGCCCCAGCCUGGCUCUCCCGGUGCUGAGCCACCACGGGCUCCCUCAGCAAUGUCGCCCCCUCCUGGCGAGACGUCCCCGGUAGGCCUCUCUCCCACCAGCAAGGUCCAGGAACCCACACAGACCCUUCCGGUCCUGACACCCCAACCCAAAGCUGCCCAGGCAGAGAGAGAGCCCAGGGCAGAGAGCCGGCCUGGCACAGACUCCUCUGAGCCUCACCCUGGCAGCACCGGCGGGCCUCAGGCUGACCCUGACUACCUCUUCCACAUCGUCUUCCUGGGCGACUCCAACGUGGGCAAAACUUCCUUCCUGCACCUGCUGCACCAGAACACCUUCGCCACUGGGCUGGCCGCCACCGUGGGAGUGGAUUUUCGGGUCAAAACCCUGCUGGUGGACAACAAGUGUUUUGCUCUGCAGCUGUGGGAUACUGCUGGCCAGGAGAGGUAUCACAGCGUGACACGGCAGCUGCUCCGCAAGGCCGAUGGGGUGGUGCUCAUGUACGACAUCACCUCCCGGGAGAGCUUCGCCCAUGUGCGCUACUGGCUGCACUGUCUGCAGGACUCCCGGGCAGAGGGCGUGGUCCUCCUCCUGCUGGGGAACAAGCUGGACUGCGAGGAGGCGCGGCAGGUGCCCACAGAGGCCGGGCAGCAGCUGGCGCAGGAGCUGGGGGUGUCCUUUGGAGAGUGCAGUGCCAUCCUGGGUCACAACAUCCUGGAGCCCAUGGUGAACCUGGCCCGGGCACUGAGGGCGCAGGAGGACCGCCUGAAGGACUCACUGCUGGAGGUGGCACCCAGGAGGCUGCCCGUGAGAGCUGGCUGCUGCUCCUGACCCCGUUUGCUGUGCUUGGCUCCAGCCUGCCCUCCGGGACCCACGGCUUCUGGGACGCCUGUGUGUGGCCGCAUUUCUGUAAGGCCCGGGUCUUCCUUAUAAACUAGCGUGGAGGAGAUGGAGGGAAAGGUUGCAGGGAGCUUGCUUUGGUGCCGACUCCUCAUCCACCUGACC